AUGUCUGACUACAAGCCCACUGAGCACGACGGUCUCCGCAAGGAUGGCCAGCCCGACGGCCGCGUCGGCACCGGCGAGUUCGCUCACGGCAAGGUUGACCCCCAUGAGGCUGGUGCUCAGGGAGGCAAGACCUCUGACAGCGGCAGCAGCGGAGGACUCGAGAGCACCAGUGACGACAGUGGUGACUACAAGCCCACUGAGCACGAUGGUCUUCGCAAGGAUGGAAAGCCUGAUGGACGUGUUAAGGGCAACUAG